CUGCACUUCCGGCACAUUUUUCUCCUUGAAGCCUCGACCGGGAUCACGUGACUUCUCCAAGAUGGCGGACACGGGCAGUCAGCUCCUGCUGGGCUCCGGCCUGACAGUCCUGUCCCACCCGUUAAUGUACGUCAAGAUGCUGGUCCAGGUGGGUAUCUCCCCUCCCCCCCUCUAUGCUCUCUGUGUAUUGGGGGUCCCCCCCCCCCAUGAUCUGUAUAUUGGGGUUCCCCCCCCUAUGCUCUCUGUGUAUUGGGGGUCCCCCUCCCUUCCCUAUGAUCUGUGUAUUGGGGUCCCCACAUGCUCCCUGUGUAUUGGGGUCCCCCUCCCUUCCCUAUGAUCUGUGUAUUGGGGUCCCCCCAUGCUCUCUGUGUAUUGGGGUCCUGGGAAAUGCUUCCUGUCUGAGGGGUGCAGCAGGGUGUCCACCUGUCACUGAUAACAUGUCAAUGGACAGGGCAUGAAGUGUGCUGCCCUGCUGUAUGCAGCAUUCAGAUACUGCUGGAGAGAAAGCAAGCUAUGCAGGAUUCCUGCAGCAUAGGACUGCUGUGAACAGCAGGCAGCAGUUUCAAUGAAAUAAAGAAGUGGUUAUUGUCCAGGAAAUCUUGGUGGAUAUAGAAACUUUACUGAGCACAUUGCUGUGUGUGGGGCAGGGUGGGGAGUGCAUUGAGUGUGGGAAUGGCUGAGUGAGAUAAGAGUCAGUGGGAAAACAAUGGCUAGUGAUGUUUGGAAUGAUAUGAUCACAUCCAGGCUUCAGAAGUGCUGCCCUGCAGUGUGUAGAAUUCACAUACAAAACAAUUUAAGGAUUUAUUGUUUGACUUUAAUCCUGCUUCAUUUGAAUUCUACCUGCGGCAGGGCAACACUUUUACCUGCCUGUGAUCUGGGAACCCAAGCCAAGUAAGAUGAGUGUCCAAGGUAAAUGAGGUGGCAUUAGAACAUGCAUUUGUAAUACCUGGUUUAUUAGAGUAACUAAGAAACACACACAUCUUUGAUACAAUGCCAUCCAUGGAAUUGUAUAAUAAUAUAGGGCAUUAUGUAUGAAACAAUUGUGUUUGCCAUUUCUUUUCUAGUAAAUGUGGCGUUAUAUGAAUGCACACUGAAUAUACAAUUUUGCCCAUUAGCCAUUUUCCCUCUUUUUUUUGGAUACUUUCUCCUUCUAAAUACAUUAUAAAAGCAUGCAAAGCAUCAUGUAAAUUGCAGUUCUACAACAUCUGUGGAUCUACCUUUUGGGCACUCCUGCUUUGGCAUAAGGUAUCCAGGGACACCACUUUGAUUACGGUGGAUUGUAGCAAUUGGUCCCUAACAGGUUAAUAAUUUGAAGGUACUGCAGUCACCUGCUGUGUUCCAGUUUACAUACAUGUUCUUGCAAGUAGAUGGAGUGUGCCUGAAUGUUUGCAAAACUAAUAUAUCACACACAUUAUCUGGGUUGAGUGAAUAAAUCAUCUGAGUACCGGGGGAAUGGCCUCCUUAGUGUUUGGUUUAUUUACAGGCAUGUUGAAAGUCUCUCGUCUUGCCAUGUAGUUUAACCACACACAUGCAAGUUAGUGAGUGUAAGACACCAGUAAAUAUCUAAUGCCAUCUUUUAGGUUAUUAGUUCAUACACCCCUGUUAGACCUAUGGUUUUUGUUUACAUAAAUGUGAAAUCGUGGGGAAUAAGUAUCUGUGGGAUUAAUUGACUAAACAAGACGUAGAGGACAGACAAAUGGCUUGCAAUUUUAUAGACCCAAACACGCUUGAAAAAUACCUGAUUUAGAGAACCUUUCCAGUUUGGCUAUUUUGUCAAUUCUCCAUUAUUAUAGGAUCUGUAAAACACCUAUUUGUGGCUUCUUUUAAUGCUGUAUGGCAAUCCACUGAUUGUAAAGACAUUCAGGAAUGUGAUAGGUAGAGUGCAAAGGAGCACUAUCACUUGUCAAGGUAGUUACAAUGGCUGUUUAAGAAUGCACAUCAUACAAGGAAAUAUUGGAAACAAAUGUAUGUUGUGACGCAUUAUGCUCAUUGUUCAUUUCCAGCGCCCUCUUGAAGAGUGAAUGUUAUAUUACAGUAAUUACUGUUUAUUUCAUCAACUGAUUAACAUGUUGUAUUUUGGUACCCUUCACUUUUUGGGGGGAUCUGGUAUAAAUGAUCUCAAACCAUUGUAUUUAAGUUUUAAAUCGCAGCUUUUUAUUGUGGAAAGCAUAAUUGGGAUAAAAAUCAUUGCAAGUGUAAAACGGGACACGCAGGUCCAAAGGCAAAACACCAAUACUAUGGACCACACAUGGUCAUAACAUGGUAUAGAGUGUACAUAUCAGCCGUAACGGAGCAUGCCAUUAUCAUCGAAAUGUGAAAAACAUGUUAUUUAGCUAUCUGUCAGCGCUUUUACAGAAGUAUCACGUUAAAUUUAUUGUAUGACCGUUAUUAGUAGUUUUAUUUGAGAAGAAUAUUAAAAAACACCAAAUGCUGGUAGCUCUUCAUAACGUAUAGGUAGCUAAAAAAAAACACUAUUAGACUUGAACUACAACUGUCAUCUCCCCCAGCUGGCAUUGGGUAAAGGAAGUGUGAAAUUUGUAGUAUACUAGAUAGUGUUCCAUAUUGGUUAUCCCUUACCGUACUGAAUUUGUUUUUAGCACCAGUAAUCUUCAAUUCCUAGAUAAGCAUGUGUUAUUUAUACACAGUUACAGCUCUUUGGUGAAGUUCAGGAUCACUUGCGUUUCAAAACUGGUUCAGCAUUGUUCUCAUUGUUAAGAAUAAUGAUUUUAAGAUUCACGCAUUGUCUUCAUGUUUGGCUCUUGAGCAUCUGUGCAUUUCUGCUUUGUUUACCUAUCUGUUUGCCUAUUCACAAAUGUGUUACUAUGACCACACUUAUUAUUUGUGUAAGUUGUUGUGUUGACAUUUUAAAAAAUAAAAAAACUACAAUUUUUAUUUUUAUUUUUUUUAAUAAUGCACAAAAUAUUGGUUAAGAAAACAUUUGAGCAGCGACAAUGGUCAAUAAAUUGAGACCCUUUAUUUAGAAAUCUUGAUGAUCUUAUGGUAUCAACAGAGCGCCAUGUUAUCAGAUAAUACUUAAUGUAAUUAAACAAGCCAACAUUAAAUAUUAGGGAGUGUCUUCUCACAAUCAAUGCAUAUGGAUCCAGGCAACAUGGAAAAUAAAUUUAAAGAUUGGAUUAUACAGGAUGGGAACUGUCCUGACUCCAAGUAGUAAAUAAAAAAAAAAAAAAGGUGGUUUUUUUGGGCCUUUCCAUUAGAGGAAGUUGUACUAACCUUCCAAUGGUGUAGAAAAGAGUCUUCACUCUGGUGCAAAAGAAAGUACUAUAAGAAACUUCAAUAAUUACCUUUUCAGGGUUAACUCCAUCUCUAGUGGCUGUCGACUUUUGUACGCUAUGCAUGGGUACGUCCAGCGUCACCCAAAACCCAAUAGGAAAGCAUUGUAUAAUGCUUUCCUGUGGCGAAAUCUUCAUGCAAGCGUGGCCAUGCACGAGCGCAGGUCUGUCAGUGGGGGAGGAGGGAAGGUUGACACGAGGCAGCGCCAAGGGACAUCGGUGCUGGACCCAGGUAAGUUUUCCUGGCAGUAUAGUUUGCCUUUAAUGAAGCAGUUUGGGUGUAGAGAUCAUGCCCCUGCAGUCUCACUGAUCAACUCUCUGCCAUUUAAUCUGGAAUUUAACUUCUAAAUGGCAGAGAAUUGAGCAGUGAGGCUGCAUGGGCAUGAUUUGUACACCAUAGCUGUGCUUGCAUUAAGCAUAUAUUUAUGUUAGUACGUAUUCAUAAUCCUCUUAUUAUAUUAAUACUUAUUCCAGAUUGUACAAAAGUGACUUCUGCAGGUGAUGUGUGUGUGUGUCUGAAUGAUGAGCCUUAAAAUAUGCUUUCAUGAAUAUAAUUUACAAUUAUAAUAUAAAAAAUGUACAUGUGAUGUCUAAUGCCAGUGCAGAAUGUUAAAGGAUCCAUAUAGUGUCAGGAAAACAAACUCGUUUUCCUGACACUAUAGCAUCCUUAGGACCCCUCCAACCUCAGGGCCCCCCUCCCUUGGCGCUGAAGGGGUUAAAAUCCCUUCAAUUACUUACUCUAAUCCAGCACUGGGUUCCCUCGGCGGUGGUGACCUCUCCUCCCCCGCCGACGUCCGCUCCCAAGUGGAGCUGAAUGCGCAUGCGUGGCAAGUGCCGCGCGCGCAUUCAAACAGUCCUUAGGAAAGUAUUUCUCAAUGCUUUCCUAUGGACGUUCUGCACACUGGAUGCGAAAUUCGCAUCCAGCGUCGCAGAAGCGCCUCUAGCGGCUGUCAGGAAGACAGCCACUAGAGGUUGGAUUAACCCUGCAAUGUAAACAUAGCAGUUUCUCUGAAACUGCUAUGUUUACAUCUGAAGGGUUAAAACCUGGGGGACCUGGCACCCAGACCACUUCAUUGAGCUGAAGUGGUCUGGGUGACUAUAGUGGUCCUUUAAUAUUGUGGAAACAUUUUAGUAAACUUCUGGUAUUUUAUUUUCUUCCUUAUUUUAGUUUUACAUUGUAGCUAUUCUGUGCAUAUAUAUGUCAUUGUAAUAGUUGUACCAUGUGUUUUUUCACCCUGGGACACAUACUGCCUUGCGUUUUUUUGUUUUUUUUUGUUUGUUUUUUUUUUUUAACUUCACCCGAAACGUAUUGGAUCCAUUCUGAUAUCCUAUAGACCUUGUGAUUACCUGUAAGUUGUGGAAUCUGCAGGAAGUCCCAGUGAUGGGGAAAUAGAAAAUCAAGACUUAAAGAAUACCCACAAAAAAUAUUCUUUAAAACAAUGUUACAGAAAUUUGUAAACCUUAUUAAUUGGAUCCUCCAGGCUGGAGGGGGCAUGCUUUUAAUAAGUUUUCUCUUUAUAAAAGGAUCCAAAUAUAUUUUAAAAUUGCCUAUACUGGCAUCCCAUGUUUGCUUUCCAUCUAGAUGUAUUGGCCAUGCCUAAACUGUCAUUCAUUUUAUCUAUGAAUGGAGAUACAUUGUGCUAGGUCUUUCUCUGAGAGAGAGGAGAGGAAGGUACUUGGGACUGGAGACCACCUUGUACUGUAACCAAUGCAUGUCGGGGUCUUCUAUAGCAGGAUUUUUACCUCCUCUUAGUGAUUUUUAUUUAUUUUAAAGGCUCCUUGAUUGUGCCAGAGGUUUCAGGGCACAGGGUCCGUUUUUGGCUCUGAGAUUUGUGUAUUGAGGUAUUUAAAUACCAAUGAAUAUAGAGUUGGUAAAUCUAAUUUGUCACAGGGUAAUGCUUCCAAUUCUAUAAUAAAAUAACCAGUGAAGUGUAAUUGCCGUAUGCCACACUGAGUAUAUAGGCUAAUCAUUACCCAGAGAGCCGCUGGACUUUGGUACUGAGCUGUAAAAGUAUGUGAAGAGACAGAUUAAAGGUGAAUGCCCUGUUCUGCACUCAUUUUUCAGAUAUACAUAAUCAAUUAAUUUAGUGAUUUCAUGUCUGGCUUUAGGGAGUGCACUGUAAAUUAUGUGGCCCUGUACAAGAGAAUGGGGAAAAAUAUAGAUUGCUUAAAGGGACACUAUAGUCACCUAAAUUACUUUAGCUAAAUAAAGCAGUUUUAGUGUAUAGAUCAUUUCCCUGCAAUUUCACUACUCAAUUCACUGUCAUUUAGGAGUUAAAUCACUUUGUUUCUGUUUAUGCAGCCCUAGCCACACCUCCCCUGGCUAUGAUUGACAGAGCCUGCAUGAAAAAAGAAAAACUGGUUUCACUUUCAAACAGAUGUGAUUUACCUUAAAUAAUUGUAUCUCAAUAUCUAAAUUGAACUUUAAUCACAUACAGGAGGCUCUUGCAGGGUCUAGCAAGCUAUUAACAUAGCAGGGGAUAAGAAAAUCUUAAUUAAACAGGACUUGCAAUAAAGAAAGCCUAAAUAGGGCUCUCUUUACAGGAAGUGUUUAUGGAAGGCGGUGCAAGUCACAUGCAGGGAGGUGUGACUAGGGUUCAUAAACAAAGGGAUUUAACUCCUAAAUGGCAGAGGAUUGAGUAGUGAGGCUGCAGGGGUAUGUUCUAUACACCAAAACUGCGUCAUUAAGCUAAAGUUGUUCAGGUGACUAUAGUGUCCCUUUAUGUGUAAAGUGUGCUAUUUUUUUUUUUUUUUUUUUGCAAAAGUUCAGUUUUAAAUGGAAAUUUUAAACUUAAAAAAAAAAUAACCUGGUUAGACCCCCUUGGCGGUCAACCAGAGAAAAGGUCAUGUUACUUCCUGGUUUAUUUAGCUCAGUGGAACUAAACUCAAGAGGCAGCACCUGCACUGCGAAGACUACCUAUUCGGCUGCAUUGGAAGUCUGUGAUUGGACAGCCACAGGAAGUCUGGGUGGGGUCAGUAGGGGAGGGCUUGCAAAUGAUUCAGGCAAGAAAACUGCAUGUUUUGCAAGCUGUAGGAUAUAACCCCAAUGUACCAAAUGCAUACUUAAAUGUAUGCAUGUUUUCAUUUGGGGUAUAUCUACUAAACGGUGAUCUUUCUUUGGGCAGUGGAGUGUCCCUUUAACUUUUUUAAGUUUAUUUUACUUUAUUUAGGGAAUAAACUCUUCUGAGACAUGGGAGUGACAUUGUAUUUGAUUCUCUUUCUAAUUGCAGUACAUGUAAUGCACACCCUUUUUGUGCCCAAUUGCCUUGUAAUCAAACUUGUUUGCCGUUUUCUCGUCUUUCCCAACCUGUAACAUGACGGAUUGUGUAUAAUUCUGGUUUGGCCCUGUGCCAUGUAUGAAUUAGAACACUCCUAGUCAUGCAGAGACAAUUUCUUCCCUAAUCAGUUUUGAUUUUAAUGUAAUCUGUUUCUGUGCUUGGUAUGUCAUAAUCACAAAAUCUUUAUUUAUUUGUUUUAACAGUAUGUUGUGAAAGGGAACUGACAAAACAGUAUACAGAGUUUUUUUUGUUUUGUUUUUUUUUUAGGCCACAAUAUUUGAGCUGAUAAAAAUGGUUAGAUUGGUAAUUGUUAUAGCCCUCCCCCCACCCCCAAUCAUCUGUGUUCGGCUGUAAAUGAGCAAUUCUCCAUAAUUCCUUGAUUCAGUCAAUACACCCCACAUGCUUGCUUGUAAUAUCUGAAAUCUGCUAGCAAUAAUAGCUAGCUGAUCUAUAAACUGUCCUGUACUAAAUAUUCAUAAAUUCAGUAUGUCCUGCAGUUAAGCCAGUCAAACACUUACUUUGGGGGAAAUUUUGAACCAGUGAAGCUUUGAUUGCAGUAUGCAGUGUGAGUUAUUGAGACGUCCAGCGCUGAAAGGGUUGGGCCUCUUACUACAGUACCAUAUCCACUUAUCAAAGCUAUAAGCAAUCACAUGGAUAUAAAAGCAGACGUGUUGCAUGGAGAUACUGGUUAUUACAUAUUUCAAAAUAUCUGCAUGUUGCAGCCUUUUGGUAGAUUGUAUGAAAUCUUCAACCUGUUAUCGGAGUUUAAACCCGGUCUUCUUCUGGCAUAUCUUUAUGGGACUUGAUAUACCAGCUUUAGGGGAUAACGCUUUCCCAGACAAACCUUGAGCAGGGCAGAAAUGUCUCUGGUGUCCAUAGCGAUUCAAAAUGGUUGUUCCUCUGGGUCACAUGAAAAGUUUAAGUUGUGUGUAUGGUGAGACUCGUACCAGUCUUUAAGUUCUUAGUGCUUUUCAAGAGCAUGUGGUCUUGUUGGCAUGAUCAGUAGGGACGUAUAAUAGUUUUUGCUUGCGUUUCUUUGAUGGACUGUUUUUCUGCUCCCUUAGAUAUCACCGUUGAAUAACUUUUUGUUCUAGUGCGCUCUGAAUCCAACAUUUCCCUUCUGCGUGGCUUUAAACUUUUUAUUCUUGUUUUUUUGCUUUGUGAAUAUAUACUUGCUUUUCCGUUUGCGCCUCUCCACUUUUUUGUGAGAAGAGUUCUGGGUCCCGUGAAAGGUAUCUGUCCCAUUCGUAAAGAUAGGAGGACAUACAUCUUUGGAAGCACUGCACAUUGCCUUCCUGUUGUAGAAGAAAUGUUUACCCUUGGGUCUUGCUUGUGUUAGACAUUCAGCAAACUGCUUGUCACACUCGCAUGCCGUUCUGCCACACACAUUGGAUGAUGUACAGUUUGUCUGAUCUCGACUGCAAGAGAAAUUAUAGAACUCCCAUUUCACCUUUGUGUGGCACUUCAGUACAAUCCUGGAAUGGUAAUAGCAACAGUCAUGAAGGAAACAACAUCGAUCCACCUCGUCAACUGGAAAACCGCUACCACCUGUGCCACAGUAACACCCGUACAAGUUGAUACCCAACAAAGGAACCUUCAUUUUAUUUCUGUAACACCAAAGGGUCACCACCAGAUCCAGCACACCUCGCUUAUCACGAGCAAGUAUCUCCAUUUCGUGGCAGGCUACUUUAGACUCUAACAAUAUGGCAAAUGUCAGGAUUAAAAAUGUACAACUCUUCAUAUCUGUAUCACAAUUUGCUUCAUCUACAAUAAGUCUUAUCUGUAGGGUUAGAAAUAGCAAUGUCACUGAAAUAUACACAUUUGUGACCGUUCCAUCAUUACAACAUUCAUUUUUAAAAAGCUUUUUCAACUGUACCUUUUCCUACUUGGGGUCCUUUGAGAGUAACGAUCGCUGUGUCUUAGAAGCAGUUUUCUGUUUUUCUUUUAAGCACAAACUGUUUUUUGUCUUGCUAUGUUUUACUAUAUAUAUAGUAGGUGGUGUUUCUUGGCCACAUAAUUGCUUUGUGUGUUCUGAAAUUCUGUAACCCUUUCUUAUUUUAAACACACAUACGGGGUGGGAGAGUUCUAAUAGAGUCAGUAACAGAAAACUGGGGCAAAGUUCUAAAAGUUGGAGCAGUCACCCUAGAAACCAGUGGAAUCGGCAGGAACAGCUCAUCGGUUUCCAUGGUGAAUGCAUUAUUUUAACUGCAAUACGGUUGUUUUUCUGAACUGGUCAAAUAAGGGAUCAAGACUUAAGAUUUUUAUGGUGCUUUUGAACUUUUUUUUUUUUUUUUUUUUUACCUCUUCUUUUUUUAAUUUAAUUUUUUAUUUAAUACUGGUCCCUUAGAUGACUUGCGUAUUUUUGGUGUUUUUGUCCAACAGAAAAACUUUGUCCCUGAAAGGGUUACGUAUUUUUUUGCAGUGGUUACGGCUGGCAUGUGACAGAGAAACUAAAUAUACUCAAUUCUGGCAUCUGAGUCUGUAAUUAAAAUAAGUCCUAGCAAGAGACACCAUAUGGACCAAAAGCAGAUGAGCGCUCAAAAAUCCUGAUUAUUUCUUUUUUCUCUUUGGUAAUAAUUUUAUACGAAACUAAAGAUGGUCCGUCACAGCUUGGCAUAUUUAGUAUUAAUUCUCCAACUGAAUUCUGGUGUGCGUUUCAAAGUUUAGUGAAUAAUCAAAAAUUUAGGGAUAACCUUCAAUAUUCCCAGCACCAUAAUCACUACAGCACAUUGCAAUAGCUGAGAACAUAAAUCGGAGAAUGUUUCAGCUCAGUUAGAUUGUUUGUUUGGGAUCCCUUUUGAAUUCCCUACAUUUUCCAAUUUGGUGAAUAACCAUUGGCAGCUUUUUGCCACUUACCCUGUAUGUCUUGUACACAGAGUAUUUUUCUUGUUGUAGGUGGGACACGAGCCACUGCCUCCUACGUUGGGAAGAAAUAUGUUUGGACGUCAAGUAUAUCAACUUCCAGGGCUAUUUGCAUAUGGUAAGCCUCUACUGAUCAAUUUAGUUCUGAUUCCAUGUUUGCACAUCAUAUAGGGGGACAGUAAUGGGUUUAACGAGCGCUUAAUGGCCUGAGACCUUCAUAUAGUGAGAUAUGUAUAUCAGAAUUUGUUUUUAUUUAUCUAAAAUGUAUGAUGUCAUGUUACAAAUAAACAUACUGUACGGACUAAAUGGCCCCAGAGCUACCCAUUAGUCAGUCAAUGGGAAUCAAUCUGCUCUGGACCACUAGGGAGCUAUACUUUGGAGAGUAUUGUAAUUGCAUUUUUAACACUAAAGAUAACAAUGUUUAUUGUAAAAUGUAUCCAACCGAGCUGUCCAAUUCCAGUCUCUUCUGGAAAGUUUAUUUUAUAUCAAGUCUUGUCUUUUGGCAGCAAAACACAUAAUUAGCAUUGAUGGGAAGAGCGGACUUUUUAAAGGCCUGGCUCCCAGACUGUGUGCAGGGGCUGUAGGAACUCUCGUACAUAGUAAAGUCUUGCAGGUAGGUGACUCCAUAACUUUGUACACUAAUCAGGGUUUUGGGUGGCAGAGCCUCUAGAGCCCUCAUUUUUUAACUGCUGUGUCCCCCUUUCCCCCCCUUGUAGCGUUACCAUGAACUGGAACAGAAAGAGGUAAGGAUCUUUGUCUUUCCAGCUGAACCUUGACACCAUGUCCUUACCAGUCAUUCUAAAUGUUGCUGUGUAUGUUAGAUCGGGUUCAGGACCAUUUUCAGUCUUCAUUUUGUCACGUUCCAUGUAUGUAUAUAAUCUUAGCAGCUGAAAAUAUUGUGUGCCUGUCAGUUUAAAAAGAAAUACAGGAACUAAUUCUGAAUGAUUUCAACUGCCUCUGUUACUCCCAACAACUGUAAUGAUCCUGGUUAUGUCCAGUACCAAGGUGUUUGACCAGUUAUUGUGAAUUCUAGUUUGUACCUUUUAUUCGAGACACGUAUUGGCCAAUAGAUUUUAGUGUAUCCUUUAAAUGUUCUUUUGUAGGAUGGUGAAGCUGAACACAAAGAUGGCCAAAUGUCAAUGGAACACGUUAUCAAAGAGGUAACUGGCUUGGACAUUUUAUCAGAUAAGUAGGCUAAGAAAUCGUGGCCCACCUUGUCAUAUUGAUUCUUAACCUUCUCUUCUUUCCCAGACUACUCAGGAGAUGGUUGCUCGUUCAGCAGCUACGCUCGUUACACAUCCUUUUCAUGGUAUGUAUUACUCUGUGCCUUCCCUGGUAAUCUGUUUUACUGCUUAAAAUGGGACACAAGACACACCGAGAACUGUAGAUAACAACAAACUGUUCUCAUUAACCUACAUUUUACAUCUUCACUUGAUGACCGAGCGCUGAUUUUAUUAAUGGCCCCUUCAGUUCUUUAACACCAUGUUCAGGAAUUACUUGAUUCGUAUUUACAAUCAGAAAUUAUAGUUCUCAGAGAAACGUCUAUCUCAUUGGUCAGAUUAAGCUUUUGAAGGUUGUCUCAGACUCUCUAUUGUGCUAAAUUAGAAUUUACUUAUAAAUUGGGUAAUUUGGACAUGUAAAGUGGCACAAGCUCAUCUGCAUCUUCUAUCUCAAUCUUAUAUAUAUUUUAUAAAGUCAUACUCUACCAUUGUUGUAUAAAAUACAUUUUUGAAUCCCAAACCUGAGAAUGCAUAGUGCAACAAUUGUUUUUGGUUUUUAUUUGCAUUCAAAGUAAAUUCAUAAGACGUUUUUGGUUAGAUAUCCUGAUUCAGUUAUCGUAAAUAUCAAUUCUCAUUAACAUUUAAAGAUCAAUUAGUCAACAUUAUCGGUAAAGAGGGAGGGGUUGACUCAUCACAGCCAAGAGAGAUUUUUAUAAAGCAGGAUUGGGAGACUCCUUAUCUCAGGGCUGUUUAUUAGCCAAGUUUUACCAUAUCUUUUAAGCAAGAACGGGCAAGUUUACCAGCAGAUACUUCCCUGUGGUGAUCUAGUAGUCAGUAGUGCUCUAAAAACAAAUACUGGAACAACCUUGUUCCGUGUUCUAAAUGUAGAAAACAAAGCUAUAUAUUCACCUAUUUUUUUAUUUAUUUUUUCUGUUUUUAUUUUUCCAGUGAUCACGCUACGUUGUAUGGUCCAGUUUAUUGGUAGAGAGACCAAAUAUAAGUACGUAUGCUUAUUCCAUGCUGUUGACGCUUGUGGGUUAUUUGAUUUUUUUAUUUUUUUUGGCACGCUAUGGGAUGGGACAAUAUAGAGGGUUACCAUCACCCAUUUGAGAGGGCAGCCCUUUCUGGUGUAACAUGCCGUAAUAAAGGUCAUUCCUCUGAACCUGAAAUACAAGUUUUUUGCUCACUUUGAAUCCCCCGGCGCUGCUUUUCCUCACCCCGUCACAUUCCCUCGUGGCUGGAACAGGAGCUGAGUGCAUUAGCACUCUGCUUCUUUGAUUCUCUGCAUGGCUGAAUUGUAAAGGCGCUGGGUUAUGACAGUAUGAUUGUGAUGUCAUAACAUUGCACCGUGUACAAUACACUCAUGAGCAGCAAUGAAAGUUUGCUUUUGAAAUCUUUCCAUUCGCGACUGGAAAACAUUCUAAAGUGACUUUCCUUUUAUGCUCGAUGGUAGUGUCGGUCCUUUGCUCACCAGGAUCAGAGAAGCACCUGGCCUGAAGCUUCCCACCACCUGAAUCCACUAGUGUUCAAACCGCUGAAGUGGUUUUGGUGUUUGGAAUAACCCUGUAAAUGUUAUUGUGGAACAGUAUGGUUUAUUGAUUCAUCAGUCUCUCCUAGCACUUUCUGGAGUGAGAGUGAUCUGAAGGCAGAGUGCUCUUUUCUACACACUCGGUCUCCUUGGGAUGCAAGCACACAGUUGCCUGCUCUUUACAGCCCUGGAUUACCUCUAGAAAUAUGCCACUUGUUAGGAAAGUUGACAUGCAGGAUUAUUUGUUUGGAGUUUGUCUGAGUGCAAAAUAUAAUCUAAUACUGCUCUCUUUCUACAGCGGGGUGUUUGGAUCCAUUGUGACGAUAUACAAAGAGGAAGGAGUUCUUGGAUUCUUUGCGUAUGUUCCUUUUUAAAAUUUGUAUUUUUAUCUCCAUAUUUCCUGUUUGUACUCGCAAUUAUUAUUUUUAUGUAAUGAUCUUUGAACAGUAGGAAUUAAAAAUAAAAAUGUGAGAGCAUGUCUUAAGACACUUGAUUAUAUUCCUAAACACAGAUAUUGAAGGUAUUUAGAUAUCUAUAAACUGUCUUUUUAACCCCUUAAGGACACAUGACAUGUGUGACGUCACGAUUCCCUUUUAUUCCAGAAGUUUGGUCCUUAAGGGAUUAAAUAUUUGUACCUGCCGAGGAAAAUAUGGACUGUUCACGUACCCACAAUCUUUUUUUGGAGACCGGAUUCCAUGAAUAGAUUGUAUUUUUAUUUAUUUUAUUAUUAACGUCUGCUUGGCAUUGAUAACACAUUCCCCUCUGUAAGUUACAAGCAAUUGUAGGUAAAGCUAUACUAUGCUACAGUUAUGUCAAGUUUAUCAGAUGUUCAUCUGUAAACAUUGGAUCACUAGCACAAAAGAGCUGAAUAUCCAGAGAAUCCACCCCAAAUUCUCAAAAAUAUAAACUGAAAGAAUAUUCCUUUUAACUGAACUAUGAAAUGGUUAGCGGAGGAAUUAUCCAGUAUUUUAUGAAAAAGCAAUGUAUGCAAUCUUAUGGCUGGCAAAGAAUUCUGGGUAAUCUCCUGGCUAGCCACAUGAUCUGCUUUGCUUUUCUGAGAACUUUGGAUAUUCAUUGCCACAGCAGAAGGCUCCACCAAUCAGGAACAUAUAGAAACCUAGAAUGUGACGGCAGAUAAGAACCAUUCGGCCCAUCUAGUCUGCCCUUAUUCGGUAAACCACAGGAAGUCGCUGCAGUUAUAAGUGACUGUACAGGGAGGCAGUAACAUUGACCUUUUUGCACCAAAGCCAACAGCUGGACCAUAAGUUGUUAUAGUACUUGGACUAUUCAUUUAAGGUGUAAGAUUUCAAAAGCCAAUUUGUAUUGUAUAAAUGGCAAUCUUGGCUCUUGUGAACAUUUUGUAAAUUAACUGACCAAACGUUAUGUAGCAACCACAAGUUGGAUAUUCUAUUUGUAUUCACAGCAGUUGGACUAAAUGUCCCAGAAUUCUCUGCCAAUCAGCAACUCUAAAUGUAGUCUGAACCGUUGGACCAAUAUUAGAGACAUCAGUUUGUGAAAGCGUUUUACGUUAAUUUAGUGUAAAUAAUGCUGCAGUCACGUGUGACUAUUUUUGAUAUCACCUUUGUCUUCCAUUAAUAUAAAUCAAUUUUAAAUUAUAAAAGUACCAAAAUCAAAUAAUGUUUUUUUCUUUUUGUGCAUUAUGAACCUUUUGUACAUUUUUUUUUUUUUUUUUCUUUCAUUUAUUUAACUUUUUAUUUUGUCACUUUUUUUGUUUUUAGGGGUCUUAUUCCAAGACUCUUAGGAGACAUACUUUCUCUAUGGAUCUGUAAUAUGGUGUCUUAUUUGAUCAACACUUACGCCCUGGAGAAUGGGGUAAGACCCCACCACUGUGACAGUGCUUCCUCCCCCCUUUAUAUAAACUUUGCUGCUCCCCAUGUCUGCUUGUGUCCCUAGACAUUGAUCCCAACUCCAUGGAGCUUCCCAUACAGAAUCAGUGUGUGACUCUUAUUUCUUCCUAGGCAGUUGGAGAGAUGAAAAGUUACUCCCAGGCCGUAACAGGGGUGAGUUCUACUUCCUGAAUUACUGUGCUUAUACAAACCUUACAUUUCAGUCCUGCUUUUAAUGUUAUUGUGGAUUUAGUGUGGUCUAGUACAAGUAGUCCUUUUUGUGUUUUUACAUUUAGGAAUGCAGUUGUUUUGUUUGUUUUGUUAUUUAUUUAUGUAUUGAAUCAGGCCAAACCUAAUAAAUAUCCUGCCCUUACCCCACUGUCACAUAAAGCAGAGCAUUAUGGGGAAACAUAGGUAGAUACAGACCGAUUCUUGUAUAGUUGUAUAAAAUGUAUGUUCAUCAAAAACAUAGCCUUCUUAACCCUAUCGUGUAUUUGAGUUCUGAUUUUUAAUGCUUCACUCUGUACCCUGUCUUAGUUCAUAGCCAGUAUGCUGACAUACCCGUUCCUACUUGUCUCUAACCUGAUGGCUGUAAACAACUGCGGGUGAGUACAGAUUCAAGGUAGCUGGACCGCUCUGGAGUUACCAAAUUAAUCCCUUCUCUUUAACUAAAGUGUUUUAUUUGUUUAAUUUUGUGACAGACUGGCUGGAGGAGACCUCCCUUAUGCCCCUGCAUAUACCUCUUGGAUAGACUGCUGGAAACAACUAAGCAAAGAGGUAUUCUAUGAUCGAUUAUGAAGCUAUUUUAAAGAGAAUAUGAUGUAUUUUUAUUUGGAUAGUUAUCUUGAUUUAAAAAAUUUAAAAAAACUUGAUCGCUAUGUACCAUCUUUACGUUUUUAGAAGAUUAAAGGGACACUUUAGGCACUGUAUCUGCUUUUCUCAGUUAUGGUGUCUGGAGUCCCCUGGUGCUAUAAUUUCAUUCAGCAUUACAGAGCCUUUAAUGUUUUUAUGUUGUAAUGCUUAAUGAGAGUCACAGCCCAUCCCCUCUCUGCUGCUUUAGUGAAUCAGGAAGUAUUGGCCUCAUUAGAAAUGGGCAGCUGUGAUUGGCUCAGAGUGUCAGCUGACAUUUUAGCCUAUCAGAGCUCCUACUAAAGGUAUGAAGUGUAUGACUACAAGGAAGUGUGUGCUCUCUGCCUUAGGUACACCCCAAAAGGGGCCAUACGGUGUGUGGCCAGAGAACCUUAUUUAGUGCUAAACUGCUCGAAAAUGGUUUAAAACUGAGGAGGGAAGGACAAUGCCUGGGGACUCCACUCACUAUAAGCAAUUUAAAAAGAUUAGUCCUAAUGACUACCGUGUCCCUUUAAAGGUUACUCCAAUCAUCAUAACCAUUACAACCCACUGUAGUGGUUAUGAUGUGAGGGGUACCCUGGCAAGAUUUCCCAGUAUAGAGGCAAACUGUUUAGCUCCGGUUUGCCACUUACCUGGUUCCCACCGGGCAAUCAGCCUCCCGGCAUGGCCGCUGACUAGCACAAGACUUCUGCAGAGGUCUGGUGUUGAUUCCGCCACUCAUUAUCUGGUGGCGAGCAUCCGCUGAAUGCUCUGAGCCAGUGCAUGAAAUUCUGUACAAACAAAAUAUGAAGUUACACACAAGUUAGACUUGAAGCACCAUGACCACGACAAAGCACUUAAAUAGUAUUUCUACAUGGAGUAAUCCUUUAAGACCAGAAACCUUAUUCUCCUGUCUGUAUUAAUUGCAAAACCUGCCUAUUUUUUUUUUUAUUUUUUUUUAAUUGAUGUGAAUCAUAUCCAUGGCCUGCAGUUCUCUGAUCCUUUGUGUUAUCACUGCUUUCUUCAUUCUGACUUUUCCUUUUAGUCAUGCCAGGCAGGUGCUGGGGAAAAUGAGAGAUGGGAAUCAUGUAUAGUCAGUCAUUUUUUGCGUUCACAUUCAGGAGCUGCUACAGAAUUGCAGCAGAUCUCUCCCUCUCCCUCUCUCUCUCCCUCUCUCUCUCCCCCUCUCUCCCCCUCUCCCCCUCUCUCUCUCCUCUCUCUCUCUCUCUCUCUCUCUCUCUCUCUCCCCUCUCUCUCCCUCUCUCUCUCUCUCCCCUCUCUCUCUCUCUCUCCCUCUCUCUCCUCCCUCUCUCUCUCUCUCUCCCCUCUCUCUCUCUCUCUCCCUUCUCUUCUCUCUCCCUCUCUCUCUCUCUCUCUCUCUCUCUCUCUCCCUCUCUCUCUCUCCUCUCUUCUCCUCUCUCUCUCUCUCCCCUCUCUCUCUCCCUCUCUCUCUCCCCUCUCCUCUCCCUCUCCCCUUCUCUCCCUCUCUCUCUCCCUCUCUCUCUCUCUCCCUCUCUCCCUCCCUUCUCUCCCUCCCCCUCUCCCUCUCUCCCUCUCCCUCUCCCCCUUCCCCUCCCCCUCCCCCUUCAGGAUAAGAGUGAUUUUAUAAAUCUCCCCCAAAGUCUCAAACAUUUUGGUUUUAUUUAAUAAACCCUUCAUAAUUGUGUAUGGCUUGUCACCUUUUACGAUGUUCUUGAGUUUUUAUUUAAUAUAUUAUUGACACAUAAUCUCUGCAUUGGUUUCAGGGUAACAUAAAUCGGGGGAACAGCCUGUUUUUCCGCAAGGUGCCUGCAGGAAAAAAAUAUGUUUUGGAACAGAAGAGAUUUUAUUGAAGAAACAAAGAGCAGCACUUAUGCCUGUACCCAUAGCCAGUCCCUCUGACUGGGGUCUGAGGAGGGUAGAGAGAAUCCAAAAUGUACACAUUUUGUUUACAAAAAUGUAUGAUUUUUUUAUUUAAAUUUUUCUCCCCCCUUUCUAAUUUUGUUUUCAGAAAUCAUUCAUUCUUGGGAACAGUUGUGUAUGAUUUUGUCUGAAUUAUAAAGUACACUAUAAUUUGUCUACUAGUUUAUUUACUUUGCCGUAUUCGCCACCAACACACUGUGCCAGGGCAUUUUAGGUAUCUACUAGCCAAAGUUUUUAAGCAACCUCCUUAACGUAAAGCAAGAUGGGUGGCGAAUACAGCUCUGUCUUCUGUGUAAUAUUUUUUUUUAUACCCAGUGCCUACUUCUUCACUGACUGACUUCUUCCGUGUACUAAGGCUCAUAAAAUAGGUGCUGAUAGCAGAUUGCUGGGCCAAGAAACAGUAUCUGCUGCUCAGCAAAAAAUGCCUUUAUGUGCAGAAUACGUAAUGAUAAAUGUGGGGGACUGUAUCACAUCUAUUGCAGAAAAUAUCCACACACUUCUAUCCACUCUUUACAAAAGUGUCUGGCUUUGGAACUCUGCAAUUUACGCAUCAGGCAGCUGUAUAUGUUUGUAUCGGAGGAUUAAAUCACCAAGAAAUAGUGAUGUAUAAAAUGGCAGUAUUUUGCUUCUAAUAAACUUGUCCUUGGUGCUCUGCCUGGUUUUUUUUGUGAUCCUUCUAAUAUUCUGAGCCACUUUGCUUUGUCUAAAAACUUGUCAUACUUGACCUUGUGAUCUUUCCG